AUUGUCCCUCCCAUUCAGGCUGCCUUGUCCCAGCCACAAAAACGCCUCGUUUUGCUUCUUUUGGUCAAAGCAAGAUCCAUCAGUGUGUGCCUCGCUUCUUGUCACGCGGCUGCUGGCGGGUCAAUCCUCGCAAGUGUGUCCUUUGGGACGUGGCAGGCCGCACACCGGACACCUUCUUUUUGA